AUGCCUCCCAUUAUUGUCGGUGUGGCCGAUAUCCGAAAUCGUUCAGUUACAGUCGAAGAUGCUAAAGAGCCCGCUACUUUGAUGCUAGAGGCCAUCCAAAGGGCCAUCAACGAUGUCAGCAGCUCUGCUGAAACUGCGCAGAUCCUUCAAAAUAACAUUGACAGUAUCAGUGUGGUUCGUACAUGGACUUGGCCUUAUCGUGACUUGCCAGGCCUGUUGUCACAACACCUGGGUAUUAUACCGCAACACCAGUCGUACAGUGAGCAUGGAGGCAACCAGCCAGCGAAGCUACUUGACGAAGCAGCCAUGCGGAUUGCGAAGGGAGAAACAAAGGUUGCGGUCCUUACGGGCGGCGAAGCGUUGGCCUCUUUGGCCGCAUGUGUUAAGAAUGGCAAGAUGCCGCCUCCAUGCUGGUCAGUCCCGGCAGAAAAUGUGACUGAUGUAUUCUCUCCUACCACAAGAGACCUCAGAAAAGAUAUUGGAGGACUUCACGCCGUGGGGUCACCAAUCCACGUCUAUCCGCUCUACGAAAAUGGGUUCCGAGCUCAUCGCAAACAGACAAUUCAAGCCAACCAUCGGGAGUCGGCAGCUUUGUACGCCUACUUCAGUCAAAUCGCAUCGCAAAAUCCGUAUGCCUGGAAUUAUGGCAUGGAAGCCCAGACCACCGAUUCUAUUGGAACUCUGUCCAAAAAGAACCGCAUGAUUUGCUUUCCAUAUCCGCUCUUGAUGAAUGCCUUCAAUACUGUCAACUUGGCAUCAGCUUGCAUUUUGACCUCCACUGAAUAUGCCACCCAGCUUGGGAUCCCCAAAGACAGGUGGAUAUAUCCUCUUGGUGGCGCUGGGUUUAACGAACGUGAAAAUUUUUGGGACCGUCCAAACUUCUUCGAGAGUUCCGCAAUCUCGAAAUCGCUCGAUCAUUGUCUUGAAUUGAGCCACCUAACUCCUGACGAUAUAGAUCUUUACGAUUUUUAUUCAUGCUUUCCUAUUGUGCCCAAACUCGCAUGCCAUCACCUAGGUCUUUCUAUCACAGAGCCUCAAAAGCCGCUUACUUUAUUAGGGGGCCUGACAUCUUUUGGAGGCGCUGGGAAUAACUACUCUAUGCAUUACAAGGCGAUUACCGAAAUGACCCGUCAGUUACGUGGCAGCCGCAGCCGCAACGGGCUUAUUCUUGCAAACGGUGGUGUUUUAUCGUAUCAGCACGCAGUCUGUCUUUCUUCCCAGGCUCCCAAGGAAGGAAGACCUUAUCCAGAUAGCAUAUCUUCGAGUCUGGUGGAUUCAGAUCUUGUGCCCUCAGUCGACUUUGAGGCAGAAGGGGAAGCAAUAAUUGAGGUCAGUGAGCCCAAUAUUAUCACGGUUCAAGAAUUCCCGCCUGUGCAAUAG